AUGGAGAAAAAAGAUAAGCCAAGUGCCUUGCAGACGCCACCGCCCUGGAGCUUCCCGCACUCAGCCACGGUCAGCCCCACUGUGUUCUUUGACACGGCUGUUGACAGCAAGCCCCUGGGCCGCAUCUCCUUCCAGCUGUUUGCAGACGAGGUUCCAAAGACAGCGGAAAACUUCCAUGCUCUGAGCACUGGGAAGAAAGGAUUUGGCUGUGUAGUUUGCUGCUUUCGCAGAAUUGUUCCGGGAUUUAUGUGCCAGGGUGGUGACUUCACACACCAUAAUGGCUCAGGUGGUAAGUCCAUUUAUGGGGAAAAAUAUGAUGAUGAGAAUUUCAUCCGGAAGCAUAUGGGUCCUGGCACCUUGUUCAUGGCAAAUGCUGGACCCACCAGUGGUUCCUAGUUUUUCAUCUGCACUGGCAAGACUGAGUGGCUGGGUGGCAAGCACGUGGUCUUCUGCCAGGUGAAAGACAACAUAGAUGAUGUGACAGCCAUGACGUGCUAUGGGUCCAGGAAGGGCAAGACCAGCAAGACGGUCACCAUUACUGGCCGGACAACUCUAGUAAACUUGACCUGUGUUUUAUCUUAA